CAUAAAUAAAACAUGGAUAAUCAAACUGUAGUGUCUUACUUUUUGCUCCUGGAAUUCUCAAAAAGUCGACAUCUGCAGAUUUUAUAUUUUUUCAUGUUCUUUCUGUUAUAUUUAGCAACUCUAACCACAAAUCUUCUCAUCAUAUCUGCAGUAGCUUCUGAUCAUCGAUUGCAUAGGCCCAUGUACUUCUUUCUAAUGAAUUUGGCACUGCAGGACCUAGGCUCUGUUUCAGUGAUUGUUCCAAAAUGCAUGAUGAAUUUCCUCCUAAAUACCAGAUACAUUUCUUACUUGGGUUGUGUUGCCCAAGCAUUUUUCUUUAUCUCCUUUGCAGCUUCUGAUUUCUUCCUACUCACAGCAAUGGCGUAUGAUCGGUAUGUUGCAAUUUGUAAUCCACUCCAAUAUGAGACAUUGAUCAGUUUGAAAUCCUGCACUGAAAUUGUGGGUCUAGUUUGGAUUGUAAGUUUUCUCUAUGGUACGUUGCAUACCACUGGCAUAUUUUCCAGCUCUUUGUGUUCUAAUACUGUAAACCAGUUUUUCUGUAAUAUUCCACAAUUGCUUAAGCUAUCCUGCUCUAGAAUCAAUUUAAUAGAAGUUAGGAUUAUUUUGGUCAGUGCCAUUGUAGCACUAGCUUGUUUUACUUUUAUUAUCAUAUCAUAUGCCAUGAUCUUCAAGGCAGUACAAAGAAUCCCUUCUGAACAAGGAAAGCUAAAAGCCUUAUCAACUUGCAUUCCCCAUAUUACAGUAGUAUCUAUCUUUAUAUUAACUGGAUUCUUUGUUAAUAUGAGACGUCCCUCUGACACCCCAUCUGAUUUAGAUUUGGCUUUGACUAUUCUAUAUUCCCUUCUUCCACCCCUCUUCAACCCAAUCAUCUAUAGCAUGAGGAAUAAGAAUAUAAAAGCUGUCUUCUUUAAAUUGUGGAGAUUCUGA